CGGCUGCGCUCAUGAUUAAAUUUAUUACUGUACCGAGUCAGCUUUUGCCUCGUUACAAAUACCAAUUGAAAGGAGAUGAGUAUAAUAAAGUUGUUUUUUUUUACUCCUCAACCGUUAUAUGAACAUUUUCCGGUCACUUUCACAGAUAAUUAGUCCCAGGAUGCCUACUACUCGUUCAGCUGCAAGUAUCACCACCGCCGAAAUCGCUUCCGAGAAGAAAGCGAACACAGCACUUUCGAAGAGGGCGAAGAGGAAGGCUGCCGAAGUUCAAGACCAAGAUGAUGAAGCGGAAGCCGUAGUGAAAGUGAAUCGGAGCAAGUCCAAGAAGGCCCGUGUAAUCAAGGAAGUUGUAAAGACUACUUCUGUCAUUACUUCGACCUCGACUGUAGUGCAACCGCUAGCAGCACUACCUGAUGUAGAAGAGCCUGAAGCCCUUGUCCCCGCCAAACUAUCCUUCUCAUUUGAGGAUGCAAAAGCGCAUCUUAUCAGUGCAGACCCCCGUUUCAAGGAUGUGUUCGAGAGAUUAGAGUGCAAGCCUUAUGAGGAGUUGGAAAUGGUUCACCCAUUCAGGGCGUUGACUACGUCAAUACUUGGCCAACAAAUUUCCUGGUUGGCCGCUCGGUCUAUCAACCACAAGUUCAUCAGACUGUUCAACCCUGCUAUUCCAGAGAAUCACGCUGAUUACGCAGACUCAAAAUCCCCAACUUCGUUCUUUCCGACUCCCCGCCAAGUCGCGGAACUCGACCUUGCGACUUUGCGUACAGCAGGACUUAGCCAGAGAAAGGCAGAGUAUGUUCACGACCUUGCCAUGAGGUUCGCAGAUGGGCGUUUGUCGACCCAGAAAUUGCUCGCGGCGGAUGACGAAGAGCUGGCACAGAUUCUCAUUGAAGUUCGCGGAAUUGGAAGAUGGACUGUGGACAUGUUUGCUAUAUUCUCCCUCCGCCGACCAGAUAUCCUCCCUGUUGGUGAUCUCGGGGUUCAACGCGGACUUGUUCGCUGGUUUUUGGCACUACAUUCACCGAGUUACAACUUUGCUAUCUCUCCACAUAAGGAGUCUAGGAAAUCUAAAACUGAACAGAAACCUAAAACCCAGGUUCCUGUUCCUUCCUCUUCUAAUGCUGACACUGAGGCUGUCCCCUCGGAUUUGUCGUCACUCCCACCUGCGCCUAUACCCUUGGUUCCUGCGACGCCGGUCAAGAAGAGCAAGAAAAAAAGUAAGAAAAAAAACGAAGCGGAAUCUGACGAAGAUCCAAUUCCCCCACCGUUUACGCCUUCUAUAAAGACCGCGUUGAGAAGAUCUGCCGCCGACUCGUCGCCGCCCCCUCCUUUACCGGAGGGAUUGAGUGCGUCCGUGUUGAAGACCCGGUUAGAGGGCAAGAAGAAGAUUAAGUGAGUUAUAGUUGGCUGUUCAAUUCUUCACUUCCCUGCUACUUCUCAAUCAGGGGUGCAUUUUUGACACCGAAUGAAAUGGAGGAGUUGACGGAGAGCUGGAAGCCGUAUCGAAGUUUAGGUAGUUCUUCUCUGUCCUUUUUUUGGGGGGUUGAGACUGAACGUCGAUCUACGUAGGUGUGUAUUACAUGUGGGCUUUGGCCGAGGUGGAUGUUGGGGAUGAUUAGCGGAGGGACUUUCCAAUCAGGGCUGGAGUACUCGUUUGUGCUAUAGAAUAAAUUUUCGACGACUCGCGGCAUUUUCGUGUUUGGUGGGCCCUGAAGGCGGUCGAGAAUUGCCGUCUUGUCUCGCGUCUGUACAUGAACCACGCAUAGCAGCUAGUUCGGGAGUGUUUCCGACCGAUGCGCGCUGCAUUAAAAGCUUAAGGAGAUCCGG